AUGCUGAAGUAUGCCAAUGAAAAUGGAUGUGAAUGGGAUAAAGACACAUGUCGCAUGGCUGCUGAGAAUGGACAUUUGGAAAUCCUAAGGUACGCCCAUGAAAAUGGAUGUCCCUGGAGUGAAGACACCUGCAGCAGCGCAGCUCAGAAUGGGCAUAUGGAAAUUCUGGAAUAUGCUCAUGAAAAUGGAUGUGAAUGGGAUGAAGACACAUGUCGCAUGGCUGCUCACAAUGGAUAUUUGGAAAUCCUCUCAUUCGCCCAUGAAAAUGGCUGCCCAUGGGGGAAGUACACAUGCAGCUCUGCUGCUGCAGGUGGCCACUUGGACGUCCUGAAAUUCACCCAUGAAAAUGGCUGUUCAUGGGAUGAAGAUACUUGCCACUGUGCUGCUCAAAAUGGCCAUUUGGAAAUCCUGAAGUACGCCCAUGAAAACGGUUGUCCAUGGGAUGAGAGGACCUGUGUUUAUGCUGCAUUCUAUGGUCAUUUGGCAGUGCUAGAAUAUGCUCACAAGAAUGGGUGUCUUUGGGAUGAACAAACAUGCAGCAAUGCUGCUGCACAUAGCAGUGUGGAAAUCCUCAAAUAUGCCCACGAGAAUGGGUGUCCAUGGGAUGAAGAUACAUGUUGCUUCGCUGCUGCCAAUGGCCAUUUGGAAGCGCUAAAGUACGCUCAUGAAAAUGGCUCCCUUUGGGACGAGUUCACGAGCAGCAAUGCUGCUGGAAACGGCCAUUUGGAAGUUCUGCAGUUUGCGAUUUCAAAUGGUUGUUCAUGGGAUGAAAAUGCUUGCUGGCAGCCAACGAUCCUCUUGUGA